AUGGUUGACACUCACGUCUUUCUAUCCACUUUUCAUCUCAUCCUCAUUUUUUUCCUUUCUCUGCUUGGAAAUGCAUCCUACCUACAGCUUAUUAAACCCGCUUCAUGCACCAAAAGCCCAAUUUUCAAAUGCUCAGAGGUGGAGAGGGAAGCACUUCUUAGCUUCAAAGACAAUCUUAAAGAUCCGUCAGGGCGUCUCUCUUCUUGGGUUGGUGAUGAUUGCUGCAACUGGACAGGCGUUGGCUGUGACAACAUCACAGGACAAGCAAAUGUCGUCAAGCUUGACCUCAAAAGCCCAUUUGAUGAAGAAAAUAAUCUGUGCUUGGAGGGUAAGAUAAGUCCUUCAUUACUCAAUUUAAAGCAUUUGAGUUACUUGGACCUAAGUCUGAAUAAUUUUAGUGGAAACACUAUUCCAAACUUUUUGGGUUCAAUUGAAAGUUUGAGGUAUCUCAAUCUCUCUUUCUCAAUGUUUGCCGGAGUUAUUCCUCCCCACCUUGGGAAUCUAUCAAGGCUAGAAUAUCUAGACCUCCAAACAUAUUCAUUCGUCACUCAGCAAGUCAUUCCCUAUCCAGGAUUAAAUUUGUUGGAAGCCAAAAGCCUAGAGUGGUUUGCUGGUUUUCCUUCUCUUAGGUACCUUAAUUUGGGAUUUAUAAAUCUUACUAAAGUACCGGAUUGGCUUGAUGCGGUAAAUAUGCUCCCUUUCUUGGUUGAGUUACACCUAGCUGGUUGUGGACUUGUUAGUCUUCCUCACUCUAUUUCUUCCGUCAACUUUACAGUGCUUUCAGUCAUUGAUCUCUCUUACAACAAUUUUAACUCCUCCAUACCUCACUGGUUGUCAAAUGUGAGUGGGCUUUCAACAAUCAAUCUUGCGUCCAAUUAUUAUAUAGGUGGUGAUAUUCCGAUUGGUUUGGGACAUCUAACCAACUUGCGCAUCUUGGAUUUGGGUGGCAACAAUUUAAUUGGAAUGAUACCAAGCUCAUUUUCCAACCUUUGCAACUUGCAAACUUUAGAUCUGCAAACCAACAAUAUAAUUGGAAUGAUACCAAGCUCAUUUUCCAACCUUUGCAACUUGCAAACUUUAAAUUUGCAAUACAACAAUAUAAGUGGGGAGAUAACUGAGCUUGUGGAUGGCUUGUCUCAAUGUUCCAAUAGUAGCCUUGAGUAUCUAGAUUUGAGCUAUAAUUAUUUUCUUGGGGGAAACUUGCCCUCUUCAUUGGGAGGACUCAAUAAGUUGCAGGCACUUGACCUCUCGGGGAAUCAAAUGAUCGGAACCAUUCCAAAAAGCAUCGGAAAACUAUCAAUGCUUGUGUCGUUGAACCUUGAUUGGAAAUCUUUGAAAGGUGUCUUAACUGAAGCUCAUUUUCAAAAUCUCACCAGACUAAAAUCACUUCAGUUGUCUACGGAACUUUCUGCAAAUCAGACAUUGGUUUUAGAUGUUAAAAAGGAUUGGGUUCCACCUUUUAAGCUGGCAGAUAUUUUUUUAAGAAAUGUGUGGAUCGGCCCAAACUUUCCAGCGUGGCUAAAGACACAAAAUGAACUCAAAGAUCUUCAGAUCAACAAUGCUGGCAUUUCUGACACCAUUCCGCAUGGCCUCUGGAAGUGCUUCCCAAAUGUCACCUUUUGGAGUCUAUCCGGUAACGAACUACGGGGGCAGGUACCAUACUUUCAAUUUCACCCUCGAGCAUAUCAUUUUGAUUUGAGUUCCAACAAGUUAGAAGGCCCACUCCCACUCUUUCCUGGUAAUUUUAGUGCAUUAAGUCUCGAUAAUAAUAUGUUUUCCGGACCUAUUCCUGAAAACAUAGGGGAGCUGCUGCCCAACUUAAAAUCGUUGGACCUGUCUUCAAAUUCCAUUAUUGGUAAAAUUCCCCAUUCUAUUGGAAUGCUAAAGGAAUUGGAUUUUCUUUGGUUGCAAAACAAUUCCCUAUCUGGGAAAUUACCUCCUUAUUGGAAGGACUUGGAUCAGUUAUUGGUCUUAGACUUAGCAAAGAACAAUAUAUCCGGCAAUGUUCCAAGUUCCAUGCGACAUCUGCGUUCACUAGAGGUAUUGUCAUUGAGCCAAAAUAAUCUCGAAGGAGAGCUUCCCUCUUUCUUUAGAAAUUAUAGAUUCUUGCAAAGCCUUGAUCUUCGAGGGAACAAAUUCUCUGGAAAACUUCCAGCAUGGAUAGGAAAAAGUCAACCAUAUUUCUUGAUGUUAAACCUAAGGUCCAACUUGUUUCACGGGGACAUACCUCAACAGUUGUGCAAUCUUUCACAACUUCGAAUCCUAGACCUUGCACACAAUUAUUUUUCAGGAGCAAUCCCUCAAUGUUUAGGAAACUUGUGUAGAGAUGAUAUUUAUCAAUAUGACUAUGAUACACAAAUCUCGUUGGUUGCCAAAGGAAGAGACUAUCUAUAUGAUAGAUCUGUUUAUGGUAUUAUCUAUUCUGUAGACCUUUCGCAUAACAAUCUAUCAGGAGAAAUACCUGAUAGUAUAACAAGCCUCUUGAGAUUGGUCUCCUUGAAUUUAUCAAUGAAUCAUCUAACUGGAAGAAUUCCUGAAAGAAUUGGGACUUUAGACCAAUUACAAUCACUUGAUCUCUCGAUGAAUGAGCUUUAUGGCCCUAUCCCUGAAAGCUUGUCUUCUUUGACAUUCUUGAGUCACUUGAAUUUGUCAUUCAACAACUUGUCUGGAAAAAUUCCAAAUGGGAAUCAACUUCAAACACUGUAUGAUGAUGACUCUUCCAUCUACGAAGGUAACUCUUUACUCUGUGGGCCUCCUCUUUCGACCAAAUGUUCAGAAGAUGAAACUAAACCUAGAGUAGCCAAGGAAAAUGGAAGGGGAAUUGAGUCAAUCUCGUUCUACAUUAGCAUGGUAGCGGGGUUUAUUGUCGGUUUUUGGGGAGUUUGUGGCACAUUGAUAAUCAGAACAUCAUGGAGACAUGCUUACUUUCGAAGCUUUGAUAAUUUGAAAGACAAGAUUGCUGUGUUCGUCAUGGUCAAAAUUGUUCGCUUGCUCAGGAAGGUCAAAUAGGAGUUGAGGGUAUGGGCAUUGAAGCUUUCCAGAAUAUAAAACAUUUCUGCAUUGUAAGUUUAAUUUUCAUGUUGCUGUAAUAAUAAAUGCUCCAAUAUUUACUUGUUAAAGUUAUAUAUAUGGAUGAUUUUAUAA